GCAGACAUCAUAUCCGGUAAGAUUGCAACUCUCCAAACGGAAUUUGMACAGUGCACUCAUAGCUAUGAAUUUUCGCCAACUUUUGCCGACACAAUGCUUCAGGAAAAGUGUUUCCCAUUCACGCAUUUUUCGCCUUGCAUGCCGAGCAGAGAGACACUUCUGCACAUCAAACACAAAGAAUGACGAGGUGCGUCUUGCUGAAGAAGCAAGGAAGAAAUAUGGAUCGCCAACUAUCUUUUCCAAAGUGAUUGACAAAAGUAUUCCUGCAGAUAUCAUUUAUGAAGAUGAUAAGUGUUUAGCUUUCAGAGAUAUCAGUCCACAAGCUCCUGUGCAUUUCCUGGUUAUUCCAAGGGACCCUAUCCCAAAAAUCAGUGAAGUUAAAGAUGAUGAUGCUGAGCUGUUAGGUCACCUCCUAGUGGUUGCAAAAAAUGUGGCGAAGAAAGAGGCAUUGCACGAAGGUUACAGAGUGGUGAUCAACGAUGGGAAGCAUGGUGCCCAGUCUGUAUACCACCUUCACAUCCACGUCCUGGGAGGCAGACAGCUGAACUGGCCUCCAGGUUAACAGAUGGACUUCCUGCCUUAGAGGGGUUAGUUUCAUGUUAACCUUAAAGAGCAACUGCCCCAAAAAAACAACUUCUCAUUUAGAAAACUCGAUAUGAGUCGGAAACAUUAUUCUACUGUCAAAAUUGACUACAUUGUGUAAAUAAGAUCAUUGUGUUCAUAAAGUCCGUCUCAUCCAAAAAUAUUUUUGUGACACUUGUGGUCAGGAUUGCAUCACAAUGUAUAUUAAGAUUGGGUUUGUUUCAAUCCUGCCCAAAUUCCCACAUCUGGCAGCACCCAUGAAGUAAUCAUCAAUUAGGAGCUUAAUGCCCAUGGUCAAUUUGGGUUGACUAUGGAUAUCCAAAUGGGGCUAGUUACGGACAAUCAGUAAAUUACACAAUGUACAUGGGACAAUACGUUAAAAUUCCAAUAGCUCCAAAUGUCAAUGACUUAACCUCAAACCAACUAUAAAUUGUAGAAAUUCAUAUACAAAUAUUGAAAGCAUUUAAUGAGAACUUAAAGGUGUGCAACAUGAAAAUAUUUUCAUUUACAUUGUGUAAUUUAUUGAUGGUCGCUAACUAUCCCCGGAGAUAUGUUAUCCAAAGUCGAGCCAACUUUGCCACAGUUGCACACCAGCUGGCUUAAGCUAAUUGGCUAAAUAAUUUGGCUAACUCUUCCCACCUGCGAACACACACGAGACAACCACACCCGAAACCAACUCAUGUUUGAAUUCAGUCAUGGCCACUAGCAUUUCAUAAUGAACCAAAUUUAAAUUGAGGACCAAAACAGGAAGUGCAGUAACCCUUUAACCUCUGUCACAUACAAAUAUAAUGAAGCUCUUCAGUCUGACUAUUUGAUUUUUUCCCAAAGUUAAAUAUUUUCAUCCUAUUUAACUAUUGUGUAAUGUGAUAUGUUGAUUGAUGUAAGUGUACAGUUUGCCUGUAUGUACAAAUAUGGAAUAAAACAAAGUUGUGUGAAUGAUUUCUA